UUGAGCUGACACAGCCAAAUAAAUAAAGCGACAUUUCUUGCACGGACCAGCUUUCUAUCCUGUUUAACGAAGGUAGUAAAUUAAUAGAUGGUCACUGCAGCAUCUGAAAAGGCAGGAUCAACAAGGAAACGUCUAACAUCAGAUAUGGCCCGUGGGCACCAGAAGUUCCAGUCCCAGCAGAAGAAUGCCAAAAAGCAAGCAGACAUCAAGAAGAGCAAAGGCCAUGACCAGAAGGCAGCAGCUAAGGCUGCUUUAGUAUACACGUGCACGGUGUGUCGGACACAAAUGCCUGACCCGAAGACCUUUAAGCAGCACUUUGAGAGCAAGCAUCCAAAGUCCCCAAUGCCCCCGGAGUUGGUCGAUGUGGAGGCGUAACACCUUUCUUUCAGUAAGGCAGUUGAGGCUGAUUCAGGACAGGCGUCUACAUUUUGCAAUUUUCAGAUAAAAUAUCUUCAGCACAACUUCAGUUUUCCCUCAUGCUGCUUAAUUUGGCAAUUGAUAUAUGGGUGCUUUAUGCAGGGAUGUUACUUGCCUGCUUACCUGCCCACCCAUGGUUGUUUUUCCAGAUUGUUAUUUUUACCUAGCUGUCCUCACCUCCCAGAAUUUGAUCUGGGACCAGUACUAAAGGUAGACAUAGAGCAAACAGCUACCCUGCCUUGGCGAUAUUUCUAUCUGAUCAUUUCAAAAUGUUUUGCUCACCAGAGCAGCUUGUCCAUGGGCUCUACCACCAUUACACCAGCUCAGGGCUCCCACUGUUUAAAGACAAGCUUUGGAUUUAGAAGAAAAUAUGAACUGGCACUGGGUCAGCUGGGUAUAGUUGUAAUACUAACAUGAUGAUUGGAAGUCACUGACAUCCAAAUCCAUUGUACUAUGAAACCAUUAUGGAUUUUUGACUGGAUCUGAUUUGUGAUGCACCAGGGAUGGGUUUGUAAUUAUAGUGUAUUCAGUAUGACUUUGGAGUUAAUAAUGUGCUUUGAAAGACAUCAUUCAUGUGUUCUUUUGAGUAGAUUCAGAUUUACUUACAAUCUGCACUGAUUUUUUUUUUCUUUCCUAGAUUAUUUAAAAAAAAUCAAAAGAAGAGUGUAGUUUUUGUUGAUAUGAAAAAUAUAUUAAACACACUGUGCUACACGGGUACUGUAAUUGUGCAUUGCAUUUCCCCCCUCAGAUUUUCUUGAAAGUAUCUCAUUCACGUCCACUGAGCAACUAUCUCAUGUGCAACAGUGUUUUGAAAGUUGACCAGAGAGGGCACUGCAAGUCUGUUCAGGGCAAACUCUUAACAUAACACAAUUUGUUAAACUCCUGACUGCAUAAAACAUUUAUAUUCUCUUUCACCCCAUUAGAAGUGGUCUGUUGUGUGAGUUACGGUGAAGAUAAAAGUUCACACUGGGUGUUGUAAGUGAUAGCACUAAAGAGCUACCCCCCCCCCAGUUUGUCAUUGUAAAAGUAUGUGGCAUAUUUGUGUGCAGCCCUGUAGUAUCUGAUAAUGAUUUAGUUCAUCACUUUUGUAUUUUGCAGCGGAACCUGUCUCACACUGUCAUCUAAAUGGCAUAUGUGAAAACGAUCCCCUGUGCAGUCUCAAAUUCUUUACUGUUAUCCUGUCAUGAUGGUGCAAAAGUAUUUCCACACUGAAUCUGCAUUCAGCAUUAUAAAUCUGAACUAUAUUACACUGUAAAUUAGCUUUGGUUCUUAUUUUUAUAUUGGUUUCUUUUCAUAGCAUGCUAACAGACAGAAAAUUAAUUUAUAGAAAUGAACUAUUUUCAAUACAUUUGGACCUAUUGGUCAUUAACCACUGACAUUAUAUCACUGUGCUAAAGUCUGGACUGACAACCAGCCAUGUUUUUACUUUUGUAAUAGUCAUAUCUUUGUCCACACAAUGUUAUGUAUAGCCUUUUAAUAAAGGUGUUACUUUUA